CGUGUCGUGUGACGCCUGUACGUGCUUGCGUCACUCGGUGUCAGAUGUAAACACUGCUGCAGCUUCCUCGGCGACACUUUGACUAAACACGAUGUGCCAGCGUUUAAUGUUUCAGCCGCUGAACGUCUGCAGUCAGUAACCCCCGCAGAUAUCGGAUGAUGUUAUAAAGUCUUUUUCGGGGCUUUACAGGAGCUCGUCGAGUUACUGUCAGAAGGUUAAUAUUAGUUUCCGCUACAGUAGCUGGCUGGCUAACUCUCAGUCGUCGUGUCUCUUGUCUCUCACUGAAAAGCUGCGGACAUGGUGCUGUCCUUGGUGAGCCUUUGUGCCAGAGAGGUGGUGAGUGACCACAGCUCGUCGCCCUGCUGGCUCAGGUGGGUGCCCAGGGAGCUGUACCGAGCUCUGCUGCAGGCCGCGUUCACCAGCUGCAGACCGCUGGCUGUGGGCGAGCUGGUGCAGAGGUGGCCUGAGCGCACGCUGCGCGUCGGCGGACCCAGGAAAGAGGGACAAACCGCGCCUAAUCGACUCUGCAUACAGGCUCUGUUACUUGCAGUUGUCAGAGGACUGUCAGACCAAAGAUGUGCCCUGCAAGUGUUGGACCUCUGUGGGCUGCAAGGAGAUGAAGGAGGGUUGGGAGACCCCAUGGGAGGCUGGUCUCUGACUGUGGCUCUCUGCACCAUGGUUGUUCAGGCCAGAGCUGGAGCUCAGAGGGCGCAGAGGAGAGAGGGAGAGCGGGAGAGGAAAAGGUUCUCGGCUCUGGAGAGAGAAAAGGAUGUGAAGAGAGAGAGGGGGCGGUGGAAGAAUGGAAAUGGCGAUGAGGCGAGAGGCGUGGAGAGUAACGGCCUCAGGAUGGGAUUGUGCGGGAUUCUGGGUGAGGAGGAGCUGGUGAGAGGUGUGAGGAGGAGGAUGGAGAUAGAGAGGAAAAGAGAGCCAGGUUCAGGAGGUGUUAGGCAGGAGGCAGAAGACGUAACUAGUGACGUGCUGGUACACGUGAGAGCUGAUAUUUUUGUGAACGCUCGCUCGUGGGAGCGUGUCCGUGCUGCUCUGACCACGCUGGGACCCCUCAAGCUUCAGUGCAGAUACCUGCGAGUGGAAGAGAUAUCAGUGUCGAGCAUCAGGACCCUGCUGGACAUCCUGCCUCAUCAGGGUCUGCUCGGUAUUGAUAUUCGCUACAGCAGCCUCGGGGUGGCUGGUUUGGCCGAGCUGCUGCCUCAGAUCUCCACCUUCCCUGCGCUGAACUCUCUUCGCCUGCACUACUGCAACUUGGAUUUUCGCAGAGACCACCACGGACAGGAUGAGGCCCUGAGGGACUUGUCUCUGGGUCUGGCGAAGAUUAAAGUGCUGCGACGCCUCAGCCUCACGGCGCUCCGGCUGCCUGGACAGCUUCGCGUGCUGCUGAGCUCUCUGCCUCAGCCUCUAGAGAUACUGGAGCUGCCAUAUUUGAGCCUGAGCCCUGUUGACCUCGCCUACCUGUCCUGCAGCCAUCAUGCCUCCUCGCUGCAGCAGCUGGAUCUUAGCGAGAACUGCCUGGAUGAAAGCACCUUACCCUCCAUUCGCCGCCUCCUCUCUCAGGCUUCCAGCAGCCUGCAGCAUCUCUCUCUAAGUGGCUGCGGCUUGACCGACGGCCUGCUUGAACUCUUGCUGCCCUCACUGGGAGGCUGCUUGGCCCUCAAGAGCUUGGCUCUGGCCCUGAAUCCGCUCUCCAUGGCUGGCCUCAUGGACCUGGUGAGGAUGGCUGUGAGAAUGCCCUCUCUCCGUCACUUACUGUACCCGAAUCCCCUAGAGGACUAUCAGCCGGGCCUUCCCGACCUGCCCUCCAGCGCUCAGCUCUUAGACUGGCCGCUGGAUGAAGCCACAGAGAUCAACAUGACCAGCAGCCAGCUUAACAGGGUGCGGCUAGACAGCGGACGCUCUGACCUCUUUCUGACAUGUGACCUGCUCAAUUACGACAAAGACUUGGUGGACUAGAGCAGAGGUGAAGGGACAGGACACACACCCGAGCAAUCUACACACACCUGACAAUCAAAUCAAAUUGUCGCUUGCACGAAGCAGCAAGACACUCGAUACAAAGCAGACCUCCUUUACAGCCAUGAUGGGGGUUAUGAUGUGGGGGUUAAGGGGGGUGACAUCAUGUCACCAAAGCAACAGGUUCGUUAUUGUUGUGAGUGUGAACGUACCCGAGAUGAUCAGAAGAUGACGCUUGUUUAAAAAUGGAAGAGUUGGCCUGACGGCAGAGCUAAGGUUUCCUCCUGUGGGGAUGUAGGCAUGUGCAGAGGAGGCACUGAUAAGCCAUGCUUCCAUAAACUGGUGCUGUACUACUUUAAUAACUUCACGUUGACUUUAUAAAUUUAAAUCGUAGCAUGUGCUGGUUUUGUACCAAAAAUGAGCGUUUUAUAAUCAGAUUAACAGGAUAGUUUGGAUACAAAGACGUCCGCUUGGUGCCUUUAACAGCUGAUCUUUAUACAAGAAACUCAUUCAGAUACACUAUGUGACCAGCUAUUACAUGUCAACAACCGUUUGCAUACUUCCUUAAAUAGGAAAUGAAUGUAACUGCAGAAUACUUCCGUUUAUUUUGAAUGUAUACCAACAAACUCAGCGUUUUGUUUUUUUUCUCUCUGCUUUAUUCUCUAAGUGUAACGUGCUUUCUCUUUGUGCUGUUUUUCUUGAAUAUCUGUUUUAAAAUGUUCAGGAGUCGGAAACAAUCGCUGUUAUCAGCAAACGGGUGUACCAAAUCAGCCUUGUACCACAUGAACGCAUUUACAUACAGAAUAAAUCAGUCGCAAA